AUGUGUUUAGAUUUUCUGGGUCUGAUGUUGAAAUUGGAAGACCAUCACUUCGACGAGGCAAUAGAUUACUCGCUAUUACAAAAUGACAUGAGACACGUUCAGUUAAAUCGAAACAUAUAUGAAAAAUCUCCCAGGGAUUACGAGCGUGAACAACGGAAGCUGCUCUCGUCACAAGAUGGAGACACGUGUGAGAUUCACGAUCAAUUCUACCGCGACCAUAAGCUACUGUUGGUACUGUUUAGAGCUCUGGCAGUGAUGCCUAUAACAAGGUCACGGCCAGGUACAAUAACAUUCAGUUGGAGGUCCAACGCGACAACGUAUGCCAUCUGCUUCUACAUUGUAUCCACUCUGGUCGUUCUCUACGUCGGCUAUGAAAGAAUAAUGAUCCUGCGCUCGAUCAGAAAGUUUGACGACUACAUCUAUGCUAUCCUCUUCGUAGUUUUCCUUGUGCCCCACUUCUGGAUACCAUUCGUGGGCUGGGGCGUGGCCAAGCAAGUUGCUAUUUAUAAAACAAACUGGGGAAAAUUUCAAGUUAGAUACUACAGGGUGACCGGAGAAAAUCUGCAAUUUCCGAAUUUAAAAACCAUCAUCGUGAUCCUCAGCGUGGGUUGUUUAUUACUGGCUGUGUGCUUCCUGCUGAGCCUGAGCGCUCUGCUCGAAGGUUUCCUUCUGCGGCAUACAACUGCCUAUUACCACAUCAUCACAAUGAUCAACAUGAACUGUGCCCUCUGGUAUAUCAACUGCAGGGGUAUCAAAACGGCUUCACAAAGUCUAUCGGAAUGCUUUCGCAGGGUUUUUCAACAUAACAAUAGCGAUAUACGGUGCUCUCUCUGAGAUCGUGGACCACGGGUUCGGGUUCACCUUCAAGGAGAUGGGUCUCUUUGUCGACGCUGCGUACUGCUCCACUCUUCUGUUCAUCUUCGCAGACUGCUCGCAUAAAUCUACACUCGAGGUGGCUGCAGGUGUACAAGAUACUCUUCUAUCAAUAGAUGU